CUUCGAACUUGCUUGAAACACUCCAUCCAUUAACAUUGGACCUCGAUUUCCUCUGGUCUACUUCUUCACAACCGAAUUCACAACCGAAACCAAACAAAAACCAACAAAAACACCAUGUUCUUUGCUUCGCGUUACGUUCAUGCAACCAGCUCGGCCGCUCCGCUUUUCGAGGACAUUGAUGCAUCUCUAGAAGAACAAGAUCUGGUCACCGUCUCUCGUCGCAACCGCGUUGACGAUGGCGAGACUUGCUUGUUGGACAUUCUUGAUACCGCUGGCCAAGAAGAGUACAGCUCCAUGCGAGAGCAGUACAUGCGCGUGGGCGACUGCUUCCUGGUGGUCUACUCUGUCACCUCUCGCUCGUCGUUCGACUCUGCUUGCCUCAUGCGCGACUUUAUCCUGCGAAUCCGAGACACGGACGAAAUUCCGGUUGUUCUGGUCGGCAACAAGUGUGACUUGGCCUCCGACCGAGAGGUUACUCGCGAAGAGGGUCUUGCAGCGGCCAAGCGCAUGGGUGCUGCAGCGUUUUUUGAGACGUCCGCGAAAAAGCGCUUGAACGUCGAAGAGAGCUUCUUUGAGCUUGUGCGUCACACACCGCGCCAGGGUGUAGAGUACCGUGUUGUCGUUCUCGGCGACGGCGGUGUUGGCAAGUCCGCCCUGACCAUUCAAUUCAUCCAACAUCACUUUGUGGAUGAGUACGACCCCACGAUCGAGGAUUCUUACCGCAAGCAGUGUGUCAUCUCCGGGCUACGACAUGCAGCCCCUUCCGCGCGUCGGGCUGCCGGUCGACCGAAGAGCAAGUCGGUUUUGCAGGAACUUUUCAAUUGCUUUGCGUCCAAGGAGUCUGAGACUGUCGUUGCACCGCCUCGCCCCGCUGUUGUUCGACAGGCAGAAAUCAUGUCGACCAACGUUGGCAUGCUCUCGCUUGGCUCACUUGCAGAGCCAGCGGAAAUCAUGACGGGCGAUCCUGUCAAGUGCGCUGGCUGCCACGGCGUGCUUUCAAGCCUGUCAACGCUGACCCUGAGCAACAAGUCUGCCAAGCAGGCCGUCUGGAAGUGCGAGUUCUGCGGCCACGAAAACGCCAACAUCCAUGCUGGCGAAGUUCCAGACCAACCCACCGUCGAUUACAUUCUCGAGUCUGUCGCCCCCUCAAUGUCCCAGUCGCAGGACACGUCGCUGGUCGUGUACUGCCUCGACAUUAGCGGCUCCAUGUGCGUCACGACCGAACUGCCCCGCCUUCAAAGUGAAUGGCGUGCAGCCCGCACCACAACUGGCUCGGACGCGCCCGUGUCCGCCGACCAGUACCUCCCCGGAGAGACUCGCGGUGCAAAGUACAUGAGCCGCCUGCAGUGCAUCCAAGAAGCCGUAUCGCGCAAUCUGCAGCGCAUCCACGACGAAAACCCCAACCGUCGUGUGGUGCUGGUUGUUUUCAGCAGCGAGGUCGUCGUGAUUGGCGAUGGCUUGACGCACAUCCCAGAGACUGUCACUGGGUCCAAGCUGGAAAGCUUUGCCACGCUCACGGACGCUGGCCACUCUCUGGCUGAGAAGGUCGAGCCAAUCUCCAAGUCGCUGGCCCAGCUCAAGCGCAAAGUCGAGGGUCUGGAAGAAUCGGGUGCGACGGCCCUCGGUCCUGCGCUUGCAGUUGCUGUUGGCAUGGCUGGCCGCGUUCCAGGCUCUGAAGUCGUGCUGUGCACGGACGGCAUCCCCAACGUUGGACUCGGUGCCAUUGAUGGUGCCGCUGAUCCGUUAGCUGCUGCUGCCUUCUACACGCGCAUCGGCGAGCUGGCCCGCGAGCAAGACACGACCAUCUCUCUCCUCGGCAUUUCCGGCACCGACUGUGGCUUGCAACACUUGUCCGCGUGCGCAAAAAUGACGUCGGGCACAGUGAAUGUGCUCCACCCCGUGGAGAUUGUUCGCGAAAUGCGCAAAAUUUCCCAAAACCCGAUCGUGGCCAACAAUGUCGAAAUCACCCUCCGCUCCAGCCCGGGCAUCCAGUUCGACGGCGUCAAUGCGCCAGAGAGUGGAUCGACAGCCGUGAUCAAGCUUGGCAAUGCCUUGCGGGAGUGCGACCGAGCCUUCAUGUUUCGCAACAUUGUGCCUGCCAAGCAGCUGGGCGCGCACACAACCUUCCAAGCCCAGAUUCGCUUCACUCGACUGGACGGCGCCAAGUGUCUCCGAGUCAUCACCGCCCGCCGCGAAAUCACAUCAGACGUGGAAGUUGCCCGCAACGGACUGGUGAUUUCGACCAUGUCCCUUGCUGCGGCUCAACUCGGCUCGGUGCUGGCUCAAAACGCUGCAUUCAGUCAAGCUCGUGCCUUGCUCUCUGGCACAGAGCGUCUCAUGCGCGUGUGUGCCAAGACAGAUGCUCAAAUGGAAGAGCAUGCAACGUUUGUCGGCGAAACGCACGACCUCGAUCAGGCCAUUUCCGAGUAUUCCCGCAAGUCCCGAAAGGCUCUGGCAACCCCUGGCAAGGCCGACACCGCGGAGAUGUCCAGCGUGCUCUUUGGCACUGCAAAAUCCACUCGUGAAACCAAGCUGCCCGAUGGCAUUGUCCGAACUCUUGCGACCAUGAGCACCACUCCGGUCAAUCUCUUCUACAGCGGCGAAGCAAAGCGCAAGCUUGUCACGUCUCGCAAGACCACCGAAGCGGCCAAGCGCGAGUACUAUGCCUACACCUGCUAAGGCAUUGUCAGAGUGCUACACGUCUCACUAUUUCGUUGUUGUACAGUACCCAGCCAGUAGUGGUUGUUGAUGUUGCGUCGAACUUUUAUUGAAGCAUCAAAUAAAAGACCGCUUGUUUAUUUCAAACAACAGAGGAAAUAAAUAAAACAGCACAGC